UUUUUUUUGUUUUUUAAUGGCGAAUUUGGCGGAAAGGGUGCCUGCACGUGACCACGCGGCUGCCUGCACGCGCCGGGUGGUUUGCAUUCAACUUCUGCUGUCUAUCUAUCCUUCCGCCAUUGGUUUUGGCUUCUUUUUUGAGUCUGUUCGGGCUGUGUUAUUUUGAUAUCGGCAUUAAUUGAGUUAUAAUACCGGGCGUCAUCAUGGGCACCGAGGAGAUUUCGGAUUUCGAGAAGCAGCGUCUUGCGAAUAUCGCAGAGCGCGAUGCGCUUCUCAAGAAGCUUAGCUUGGAUGCACAAUCCGCGGGGCUUUUCCCUCCCAAGAUGCCUAGGGGUGUCUCUGGAGAUCAGACAAAACCGAAGAAAAAGGUCGCCCCUAAGAAGGUGAAGAAGGAGGAGGUGGAAGCGCCGCUCCCUCGUCGGACAUCUUCCCGCUUGAGGGGUAUUAAGGCGGAUAGCGAGAUCGCGAAACGAAAGGCGGACGAGGAGUAUGAACUUGCACAGCAAGCAGAGCGGGCUAAGAGGGUCCGCAAAUCCGACGCUUUCUCCUUCAAUGAUAUCUUUGUCUCGGGUCAGAAACUCAGUGCGGAUGCUUUAAUCGGAGUGGACGUGGUGACCAAGGGAUUCGCGGUGCCGAACCAGCGAACCUUUGGGGAGGAGGAUAUCAAGUCUACCAAGGACAGUGACUUGAAGGCUCUACGGAAGGAAAUGAGCGGGCUGCAACUGUGGGAAGCCUGGGAGCCAAAUCGCAUCAAGCUCACCCCCGAGCGAGUCUACUCCAUGACCUUCCACCCGUCCGAAGCAAAGCCUUUAAUCUUCGCCGGCGACAAAAUGGGCCAUCUGGGAAUCCUAGACGCAUCCCAGGAAAAGCCGAUCUCGGCCAUCAAGAGCGAAGACGAGGACGAGAACGACGGCGACGGCGACGACGACCCAGAUCCAGUCCUCGUCACGCUGAAACCACACACACGCACCAUCAGUUCGAUGACCAUCCACCCUUCCACACCGACCAAGCUCUACACCACCAGCUACGACAGCUCGAUCCGCGAAACGGACCUCGAGAAAACCACCUCAGUCGAGAAAUACGCCCCAGCGUCGACAUCAGAAGACAUUCCCAUUUCCGGCAUCGACAUGGCCGCAGAGGACCCGCACACGCUGUACUGGACCACGCUCGACGGUGAAUUCGGCCGCUACGACAUGCGCACCAAGCGACAAGAGUCCGUCUCGACCUGGCAGCUCUCAGAGAAGAAAAUCGGCGGGUUCUCCCUGUAUCAAACCCACCCGCACUACUUUGCAACCGCCAGUCUCGACCGUACCAUGCGCCUCUGGGACCUGCGGAAGCUGUCUCGGUCCAACCCCGUCCCGAUCGGCGCGCACCAAAGCCGUCUCUCGGUCUCGCACGCAGCCUUCAACGCCGCCGGCCAAAUCGCCACCUCCUCCUACGACGAUACCCUGAAGAUCUACGACUUCAGCACCAAGGGCAUCGCCGCCUGGACCCCGGGCCACAACCUUGACGAGACCCAGAUGACACCCGAGACCGUGGUUCGACAUAACUGCCAAACGGGGCGAUGGGUAACUAUUCUCCGUCCCCAAUGGCAGCUAAACCCUCAAUCCAACAUCCAACGCUUCUGUGUCGGAAACAUGAACCGUUUCGUCGACAUCUACAGCAGCGCCGGCGACCAACUGGCCCAACUCGGUGGCGACGGCAUCACGGCCGUUCCUGCAGUGGCUGUUUUCCAUCGAAGCCGGAACUGGGUUGCUGGGGGCACGGCGAGCGGGAAGAUAUGUGUAUGGAUGUAGAUAUAGAUAGAAACUACAUAAGAUUAACCAGACAGUCAGUCAGUCAGUCAGUCAAGUCAGUCAAGUAAGUUGAAUUAAAUGAUCCAAGAGAAGAAGAAGAAGAAAAAAAAAAAAAGCCGAGGGCCAACACACGCCCGACGUGAGGAUCGAACUCACAACCUUGGGAUUAAACUAGACCGGCAAGAUUAGUCAUGGUUAUCG